ACAAUGUCAUAUACACGUGGGUUUUUUGCAGGAACAGUUGCCACUUUGUUUGCCGUUGGAGUUUAUCAGUAUGCAAAAUCCCCAAGUUCAAUUCAACAUCAGUAUGCUCAACAAGUGUCUGAGGAUUUAAAUGAGCAGAUAAAGCGAAGGAUCCUGAAGUAUGGGGUACCAAACAGAGGUGAAGAACCAAGGGUCUUCACAAACCAUGUGCUCUCAUAUGAUCAGAGUAAAAAGACUCCUAUAUGGGUUGCUGAGCGGAUUACAAAGGACCAUAUACAAGGAAGUGCAAACAGAAAGUAUUCCAAGUUCAUGCCAGAUUCUCAGAUCCCAUCCCUCUUCAGUGCAGACAACAGCGACUUCCUCGGUAGUGGUUGGUCCAGAGGUCACAUGGCUCCCGCAGGCAAUAACAAACAUGACCAGAGAGGGAUGGAUGAUACGUUUUACUUGUCCAAUAUUGUACCACAAAAUAUGGACAAUAAUGCAGGUUUCUGGAAUCGGUUUGAAAUGUAUUGCAGACAUCUGACCAAGCAGUUUGACAGUGUUCAAAUCAUCAGUGGACCACUUGUUCUUCCAACAGAAACCAAUGAGAGAGGUCAAAAACUCGUUGUGUAUCCAGUGAUUGGAAAAAAUGAAGUGGCUGUACCUACUCAUCUAUACAAAGUAAUUGUCGUGGAAACAAAUGGAGUUCCUUCAGCCAUUGGCUGCUUUAUUGUGCCCAAUCAGCCAAUAGAAAACAAGUAUUCCCUUAAGGAGUUUCAAGUUUCACUAGAGGAAAUUCAAAAGAGAACUGGUGUGGAGUUGUUCCCAAAUCUGGACAAUACACAACUCCAAAGCUUGUGUUAUGUGGAUUCUUGUGCAUUAGUUAGGAAGCAGGGAUAGACUAUGGUUAAUAAAUAUGACACCAAGUUUCACUGGUUUAGUUCUCUCAAUCCCUGACCCAGCUAAAUGUACUUCCAUAUAGCAAACACACCUGAAGUGAAUACUUGCUUGUGAGUGCAUUUACACGUAGUAUAAAAAAUUAAAUAGUUACAAGUUGCCAUGAUGAAUUAUGGGUAUCAUACAUGAAAAAAAUAUUCCUCAGGAAAAACUUCAUACAAGUUUGAAAAAGGGAAAAUCUAUUUUGAAUUUGUGUUAUGGUGUGUGAAAGCUAUCAUUAAUUUGUCAAAACUUGCACAUACAUGUAUAUACUAUAUAUACAAUACUAUGUACAUGGUCAGCUUAGAAUGGGGUGGGGGUGGUGGAGGGUCUGCCCCCCCCCCCCCCCCCAAGUCUGUGUCUGCAGGUAAAUGACAUAAAUAUUUUCUCUCUCUGGAGAUUUGUUUAUACUGGGGUCUUACAUAAGAUCUAGAGGGGGAUGGGCUGGAGUUCUGACAUAUUGAAUAAGAUGCAAAUGAUAUAGAUGUACAUGUAUAUACACAAUUUUUAUAUUAUUUAUUAAUCAUUGCUGUACAAUGAUGGAAUCCAUUAUAUCUUUUACAUUAUUAUUUUUUAAUGUAAAUAAUAAAUUAAUUUU